AUGCAUGCGGCUGAUAUGGAAGAAAUUACGACAGCUUAUGCUGGAGAUAUUUGUGCCACUUUUGGUUUAGAUUGUCAUUCUGGAAAAACAUUCUCAACUGAUCAAAAUUAUGCUCCACAUUGUGUAAGUUUUUUUCAAAAAAAGUCUAGGUUUUGAGCCCGGUAGCCAAAAACAAUGAGUAUUUUUUCGCAAAUUCGUAAUGCGAAAAAAAUCCAUACGAAAAAUGAAUCUUGCGAAAAAUAUAUCCAUGCGAAAAUACUCAUGCAAAAAAUAAUUGACCAAAAUCUAGGAUCAAUUUUGAUUUCCAAAAUCCAACAACAAAACAAAUGUUUUUCAGGAAUCCAUGCAUAUUCCGGAACCAGUUAUUUCAAUGUCUAUCAAACCAGUCAACCGCAAAGAUGCUGAUACUUUCAUCAAAGCUUUAACCAGAUUCACCAAAGAAGAUCCAACAUUUAGAAGAGAAUAUAAUCAAGAAGCAAAAGAGACGAUUGUUUCAGGAAUGGGUGAAUUGCAUUUGGAAAUUUAUGCACAACGAAUGAAAAAUGAAUAUAAUUGUCCGGUUGAACUUGGAAAACCGUCAGUUGCUUACAGAGAAUCAUUAGCUAAUUCAUAUAAGUAAGUUUUCAAAAAUCAAUAAGAAACUUUUAAAUAAUCCAUUUUCCUUUUUUAAGAUUCCACUUCCGUCAUAAAAAACAAACUGGAGGACAAGGUCAAUUUGGAGAAAUCGAAGGAGUUAUUGAUCCACUUCCAGCUGAUAGAAACACAGUUGUUGAAUUCACUGAUGAAACAUUCGGAAAUAAUAUUCCGAAGAAUCUUUUCCCAGCUCUCAAAAAAGGUCUUGAUGCGAUUGUUCUUGAAGGACCAUUGAUUAAAUCGAGAAUUGCUGGAAUUCAUGUUCGAAUUCAAGAUGGAGCAACACAUGCUGUUGAUUCUACUGAAAUUGCUAUGAUUAAUACUAUGCAAAACAUGAUGAGAGAAUGUAAGUUUGCAAAAUCUCAGUGAAAAUUAUCUAUCAUUUUUCAGCAUUCGAAAAAGCUCAUUGGUUACUACUCGAACCAAUCAUGAAAGUUGAAUGUACAACUCCAGCUGAAUUCCAAGGAAAUGUUGUCACAUCAUUAACACAAAGAAAUGCUUUAAUUACAACAACUGAUUCAACAGAAGGAUAUGCUACAGUAAUUUGUGAAGCUCCAUUAUCUGAUAUGUUUGGAUAUACAUCGGAACUUCGAUCAUUAACAGAAGGAAAAGGUGAAUUCAGUAUGGAAUAUUCGAGAUAUGCGCCAACAUCGAAAGAAGCUCAAGAUCGAGUGCAGAAUGAAUGGAGACAAUUACAUGGAAUUGCAGAUCCAAAUGAAAAAGGAAAGAAAAAGAAGAAGUAG